GUCCUGGGGAGGGACAGCCACGUGAUCCGCGUCCCACAUGACACGGAGAGAAACUGUUGGCAGCGGCCAGCCCUGCGGAACGUCGUUUUUCCCUCCGCCACAGAAGAGGGGCAGCGCUGCCCACCGUCCCCUGGCAACCCCGCCCACAGGCAGCCGCGCAGAGGUCGCUAAGGACGCGGACACAUCCCGUGUUUCCAGCGCGGCUGGCACCUUGCCAGAGGUGCCUUCACUUGGCGUAACAGAGACAGGACGAGACCAGCGCCUCCGGGGUUAUCCUUUGGAGCAGAUAUGUGGAUGGACAGCUGCUGUGCCGAACACUGCUGUGCCUAAAGGGAGAGUUCGCUUUGCAGAGACGAGCAGGAUGAUCUUCUCCGCCUGAGCAAAAGACGUGGCCAUGCUUGCCCACAGCAUGGAUAACAACAGCGGUCUUUUUGUUCUCCCUACCUUGCUGCUCCUGCCGCAGGACAAGAGCUACCCUGAAGAAGCCUCCAUCCCUCCUGCUGGCUACGAGAUGAUGGAGUCACCCACAGGAUCCAGCUCAGGCAGGAACCACACUGCCUUGCCCUAUCAGCUGAGGCUGGGGGAAAUUGCAGCCGCCAGCAUGCUUUUUGCAGCGUUGUGGCUGGUUUCCAUCUUUGGAAACUCCCUCGUUUGCUUAGUGAUCCACAGGAGCAGGAGAACACAAUCCACCACCAACUAUUUUGUUGUCUCCAUGGCUUGUGCAGACCUCCUCCUCAGUGUCGCCAGCGUGCCCCUCAUGCUGCUUCAGUUUACCUACGGCAGGUGGACGCUGGGGAACGUGAUGUGCAAGCUGGUAAGGUACAUACAGUACCUCACCCCUGGAGUCCAGAUAUAUGUGCUGCUCUCCAUAUGCGUGGAUCGAUUCUACACUAUUGUCUACCCCCUGAGCUUCAAAGUGUCCAGGGAGAAAGCCAAGAAGAUGAUCCUGGCCUCCUGGCUGCUCGAUGCUGCAUUUGCAUCACCGGCUUUCUUCUUCUAUGACUCCAACAACAGCGACAACCACUGCAACUUUUUUCUCCCCAGUUCUUGGGACGGAGCCAUCUACGGUAUUGUCCACCUCUUGGUGGUGUUUUUGAUCCCAUCUAUCCUCAUUAUCUUCUUCUACCUGAAGAUCAUCAAGUACAUUUGGAGAAUAGGCACCGAUGGCAGGACCGUCAGGAGGACAAUGAAUAUCGUCCCAAGAACAAAAGUGAAAACCAUCAAAAUGUUCUUGAUGUUAAACUCCAUGUUUCUCCUGUCCUGGCUUCCUUUUUACGUGGUACAGCUGUGGCAUCCGCAAGAAACAGACUACAGAAAGAGCUCCUUAGUUUUCCUGGCCAUCACCUGGGUCUCUUUCAGUUCUUCAGCUUCCAAGCCAACCCUCUACUCCAUCUAUAAUGCAAACUUCAGACGAGGGAUGAAAGAAACUUUUUGCAUGUCUUCCAUGAAAUGCUACAGAAGCAACGCGUACACCAUCACCACCAGUUCGAGGAUAGCCAAAAAAAAUCACGUUGGGAUCGCAGAAAUCUCAGCUCCUGCCAAAACGGUCACCAAAGACUCCAUCUAUGAGGCUUUCAACAGAGAAGCAAAGGAAAAGAAGAUUGCCUGGCCUAUUCAGUCCAAUCCUCCAAAUACGUUUGUCUAGUUGGCUAGUUUGGAUAUUUACUAGGUACCCCCAGAACAAGGAGCUUUCUCUCCUGGUUGAACCCAUGUAUAUUUAAACCUUUUUAACACAACUUUUAGGGAAGAAAAAAAGAUGUUUUAUUUUAUUAAAUGCAUUGAUUUUGAUGUGUCCAGUCUAGUUCAUUUCAGUUAUCGUUCUGCUUUUUGGAGCUACUCUCCCUGAAUCACAAGCAUUACUUUUUUAUAAAACAGAAAAGCUCUUACACUCUCUGUAUGUAGGGAAAAAAGGGAAAGGAAAAGCACUGCAUUUUUUAAUCCCUGUCCAUUGGCCACGGUGUAUCAAUGCACAAAUCCACCCAAAGCCAUCCAUACUUAUUGAAACAGACGGUAUAUAUAUAUUAUUUUUUCUUUCUUUUUUUUUUCCUGGAAAUUUUUUCUGGAAAAUUGAUUUAUUUUUUUAAUUCCCA